AUGUUCGCUCCAUACUUAAUAACACAAGAAUACGAAGAUUAUAAGUUGGGAAGUGAUAUUCUUGAUAACCUUGAUGUGAUAUCGGAUACCGAAACAGAGGAAUACAAACGAAUACUGAAGGAAACGGGAUACACAGCUCUUUGUAAAAAGUUAGAAGAGCCCAUCAAUGGAUGGGAAAAGGUCCAAAUAAAUAUUGCUGUAACAGGAGAACCUGGUACAGGGAAGUCGUCCUUUAUCAACUCUAUCAGAGGGCUGGAAGCUGAUGAUCCUGGUGCAGCUGAAGUAUCCUUGUUCGAAACUACUAUGAAUCUGAGCGGUUACCCACACCCUGACAAUCCAAAUCUUCGCAUUUGGGAUUUGCCUUAUGUAGGUGAAUUAACCUUCACGCGGGAUAACUACUUGCAGAAAGCAGCAUUAAAUUGUGAGGAUGGGUUUGCCAACUUUUAUACAAGGUUUGGAAUAAUUGAACCAAAAAUUUGGCAUUCACUGCCACUUAUUGGAAACAUGUUAAAGGUCAAAGCUCACCAGAAAGAAGGCGCUUUUAUUCUGAAAGAAUUCCUUGACAUGUGUGCGAAAGAAACACAUGACCUUCAGAUGUACAUGGCCAAGGCUUUAGAGGGAUCCGAAUUUUAG